AUGACCGGGAAACGUGAAGUAUCGCUCCUUACCUGUAUUUAUAUGUCUGUUGCGAAGGUAAAGCUCGCGGUGCCGCCAGUAGAAAGAAAACCACGUCCACAAAGGGAAGAAAGGCUCAGCAACCGAUGCAUCACGACACGCUCGACUAUUGCAGGAUGCAGUUGCCCCUGGCCAUCUCGGGAUAAUUGUCCUGACGUUCUCUCGUUUCGUCGAAUCGGGCCGAAUCCGCUGAACCAUAAGGACUACGAUACCGCCUUAACGAUAUUUCGAACAACCUUCCUUCUUUUCUAUGACAAGUUCCUGCAGUACGUGACCAAAUUCGCAACGAUGACUAGCGGACAGCGGAACAAGUCCGUGGUACACCCGGAACAGCGCGAGAUGUUUCAAAGAAAGACUUCCAGCCUCUCCACGGCCACCAUUUCCGUAGGCUUCUUACGAUUGCCGUUCCACUUACUUGUUAUUUGCCAUUGGAAUGCAAACAGAGCGAGGGACCGCGUAUUCUAUGAGAUUUCCCCGUCGAUUCGUGAAAGUUGCCGACCAGGAGUUGGUAAUAAAGGAAAUUGGAUUCCUAUAGCGGGCGAAUAA